AUGCCGGCACUGGAAGUGAUUGGCGGCACGGCUGCUGUCUCGCAGCUUCUCGGUCAGGCAAUCACCAUCAUCCAAAAGAUACAGGAUGCGAGAGCCAAAGUGCACGGCGCGUCAGAUCGCCUUGAUGGCUACCAAGGCCAGCUGGACACAUUACUAAGUACACUGCAACUUGUGCAAGACGAACCCGAGCUACAAACACCUCCAAUCGAGAAGCAGGUUCAGAAGAUUAUCAAUCUGGGAAAAGGGCUGCAACGCCAGCUCGAUGCCUUUGCUGCUCAGCUGGUAAGAAGCAAAACCAAACAGUACACGCAUGCAAUCAUCAGCGGCGAUAAAGACGAGAGGGCGCUUGAGGAUGCCAUGACUCAACUGGAUCGAGCGAAAACGGACCUUAACGCGCUGAUCGUCACAACGCACGUUGGACUGAGUGGAUCGAUGCGCGCCGGCUUCACGGCUGCUCUAGCGGUAGUUCAGCGGGUGGACAGAAACGUGGAAAGGGUCCUUGGCGAGAAGCUUUGCAUAGCUGCGUACCUCGAAGAACGACGCCUGGAUGAAGAAGGCAAUAGCACAGUGCCUCUUACAGCGGAGGAUAUCAAAGCGCUGAAUUUUGUGGACAAAGUAUCGUGGAUCGACAACGAGGCAUUCGACGAUGCGAACAUGUUCAACUCAGAUCUCGUCGAGCGGCAGAUCCACGCACCUACAGAAAGGGUAUACAAAGGCAACAAGGCGCACGGAACAAGCACAAUCGUCCAGGGUAACGCGGACGCGGCAGGAAUAGCGGCAAUCCUGAGAGCGAAGAGGAGAUUCGGAUUAGACUGGGUGAAUGAUAAAACACUGUCCGUGGCAGUGUCCCCGACCGACGACAUCCAGACGGUCAAGAAAAAGAUUCAAGAGCUCGAAGCUAUUCCAGUGAACCAACAGCGCUUGACGUUUCUCGGACAGCCUGUACUGGGUAACACCCCGCUCAGUACUAUUGGAGAAAACAGUCUGUUGCACUUUACCUGGGAAGACCAGGCUGAGAUAUCUGCAGAAGCUGGUGGAACAGCGUCCUCAGGCAGAGGGGCCCAAGCUUCAAAGCUCAACGACAAAGCCUCAUGGGUUGGGAACGUUGCCUCGCAGAAUGGGAUGGUCUUCAAUACCGACUUGGUGGAACGCCAACUUCCGCAAUCAACAGAGAGACUGUAUCAAGCGAAUGGCGCCAACGGAAAUGGUACGACUCUCAAUGGCAGGGCUAAUGUGGAAGCACUUGUGGCUCUUAUGCGUGCGAAUUCCGAGGCCAAGCAGGUACAGUCGAACGAUGGCUAA